AUGAGGUUCCACCCCCGAACUGAAAUUUCGUUUUCCUUUUCAGUUUCCAUCAAAUAUGUAAAUAUCAAAAAUGUUAACGGAAACAUAAUAGGGAUAGAAGAAUAUACGAAAACUACGUUAGCUUGCAAGACAUCUGAAGGACGACCUGCUGCAAAUAUUACAUGGAAAAAAAUAUCAAAGAAAGGUUUCAUCACAGAUCUAACGAAAAAUGCAAAAUAUCACAUUUCAAGACUAGAAAGUGGCAUCACAAUAGCGGAAAGCAGUAUUGAUUUGAAACCAAAAAGAGAGGAUAAUGGAUCGCGUAUAAUUUGUGAAGCUAUAAAUAAGAUAUCAAAUGUAACAAAAAAGGAAGUUACACUUCAUGUUCAAUAUCCUCCUGGUAAACCGUAUUUUCAAUUCUUCGCACAAAAUGAAUUUGCCAUAGAUGGCAAGUUACUUCAAGACAAACUUAUCGUAAAAGAAGGAAGCCAUUUCAUUGUUAUAUGUAAAUCCGAUGGUGAUCCUUCUCCAAUAUGCACAUGGGCAAUUGAAAAUGAUCCAAAAUCUCCAAAUCUAACAUUUACAAAUAUAACGAAGAAACACAGAGGGUCGUAUGAAUGUAUUGCAGGAAACGUAAUUAAAACAUUUCCUGAAGGAGAGACAACUGAUAAAGAAUCAACGGCGGGUCUUGUCAUAGAUGUGCUAUACCAAAGUAAAAUAAUACGUUUCAAUGUCAUUGGAAUUGAAAAGACAAGGGAACAUUUCGAAGUCACUGAAAACGAAACUAUCGUCUUUAUAUGUAGUGUUGACAGUAAUCCAGCAUCAUCGAUAUCAAUAUCAUUUAAACAAAGAGAAUUGGGACGGAAUGAAAAUACGAAAAGUCUAGUUCAAAUAAAAAAAGUAAACUCUUGUUUUGAUAAUGGUGUUUAUCAGUGUUUGGCGCACAACAAAUGUAAUGACAAACCAUCGUUGGAAAACUUAACGUUACUUGUAAGAUGCAGACCACUUCUUUUACCAGAGUUUGAUCUGGAACCAAACAUAACGAGUGCACAGAAUGCGACUGUUACCUUUGAAUUUAAAGCUCUUGCCCAUCCAACACCCGAAUUUCAAUGGUUUAAAUUAAGCGGCUCUACAUGGAAGACAAUGCUGACUGACAACAAAUCAAAAAUCAAAACUCUGGAACAUUACUCCAGUCUUUCACUCAGCAAUAUAACUGAAGAUGACUACGGACGCUACAGACUAAGAAUACAAAAUGAAAUUGGUUUUUUAGAACAACUGUAUUUCUUAAACGCAUAUGGAAAGCCUGAUCCAUCGACAAUGUUCGCACAAUUGCGCGAGUAUGUUACAGAAGCCUCCGCAAUUCUUCAAUGGAAACCUGGAUUUGACGGCGGUUCUGAACAAAUGUUUAUUUUAAGAUACAAACUUGAAUCUGAAAAGAAUUGGACGAAGAUAAUGAUACCUGACACCGGUGAUGAGACCAUGCAUUACAGCCUCAUCUACUUGGAAAGUGAUUCAGUUUAUCAUUCUGAACUAAUUUCAGUGAAUUCUCACGGGAAAUCAAUGCCCAUUAAGCUUACAUUUAAAACAAAAGCAAAGCAACAAACGGUAGAUUCUACAACUACUUGGACGUUGAUUUGUGUCUCAGCUGGUUCAUUUGCUGUCAGCAUUUUUGCUGUUGUUGUGACCUUUUUGUGCUGCAAAUUUACCAGACAAAGAAAUACUCGGACAAUGACUAUUAGUCAAACAGCUGAGGUAAUACCUGAGAAUCAAAAUCAGACAACAUUUUAUCUGGAUGGCAUAAAUACAAUUCAUGAGUAUGAACAACUUGAUGGCCAUAGUUUGGAGGAUAGAGAAUACACGGAAAUGCAAACAAUUAAAGCGGGCGAUGAUUCAAACCGGGAUUACUUAACCCCGACAAUUUAGAGCGCAAUAUUAGAUUCAAUGUUAUUGACUUUAUGGUGUUGCUACAUUUUAUAAGAUAUGUACACUGUAUUUGAAAUGACUAAGAUAUCCCUUUGUAAACGGCACAUAAGAUGUUUUUUAGAGGUUUAGGUGCCUAUUGCCUUUAAGUUAACAGUAAAGGAACAGUCAUUUUGAUAAUUAUAUAACAAAAUGCGUUUCCAAUUAGUAGACCAUUUACUCCCGAAAAAGUUUUUUCAUUCAGUAUAUUUGCUACACUAUCUGAUAUUGAAUAUAAAACUGCCAAAGACGUCUUGAAAGUAUGUAGCUAGGAUAAGAUAGCUUUUUCCCCUGAAACGAAAAUGCACGAAAUUUAUUCAAAAUACAUGAAUUUGAUAUGUGACAAAGGAUGAUUUAUUGUAUAAGUUUGAAAAAAUAUAAUAUUGUUUUCUUUUAAUUGCUUUGAGAUGCUAUUAAUAACAAUGAGUCAACAUUUAUUUCUUGCUACAUUGAUACGUCAUGAGUAUAAAUCAUUCUUUUAACGUAGGCUAUUAUUCAUGGUAAUAUACAUGUAAAGUAACAAUAAAAUCAGGCAAGAUAUAACACAAUAAUCUAGUUACUCGUAUUUUAGCACCUAUGUAUGUGCAUGUGUGCGUGUUCGUGCAUACGUGUGUGUUUCGGUCACAUAUUUACGGGUAUUUUUUUUUUAAUUUUCAAAGUACAUCGAAUAUUCAAAACGGUAUAUUAAUAAAGGAUAUAUUAAAGGGUUCUACAAAAAUAUGCACAGUAGUCAUUUAAAAUUAAUAGUAUCACAACAUAGAUAGAACCAGAUAUCAAAUUCGUCAAUGGACCUUAACUUUGUGCCGUUGGUAUUUUGAUCUCACUUUCUUUUUUCUAAAUAUGUAAACAUCUGAGAAUGGUUAUCAAAAGUCAACCGUCUUAAUAUCUUUUAUUAUUAUAAUAUCAAAAUUAUAUUUCUUAGAACAGUCUGCAAGUUCAAACCAUUUUUCAUAUACAUUCUUGUCAAUAAAUAAUUGUUUGUUUGUUGUUGUUGUUGUUGUUGUUGUUGUUGCACUGUACACUUGAUAUUAUUAUUAUUGAAUAAGCUAUUAGCACUUUACAAUGUAUGAUCAAAAUAAUUUGGCACUUUAGACUCGAAAAUGAUGCCGACUUUGAAGAGAAGCAAUUCACAUUUGAAUUUUAGCAAACUAUCAUUCGAAAUUGUAUGCCAAAAUAUGCAAUUGAGUAAAAAUGUAAGGGGUUAACAACGAUUCUUUAAUAGAAGGUACUUUUCAAUGAAUACACUUCGAUUUAGUUGAAGAUAUGUUUUAUUGUGACAUGUGUCAAAUAUGCUAAUUGUUUGAAGUAUUUGUUGCACGGAAUAUUUUGAUGUGUAGAUUUAUCUUAAAUAAAUGCUAUGUAACUUGAAAAAGGAUUGUAUUCCCCUCAACUUGUACAUGCAACUUCUUCUGUUUUUAUACAUUUCCUAACGCUAUUAUUGAAUAAUAACAUUGCCCUAUUUUCUUUAUGCAUUGUUAUUGUAGAGUUUAUAAGUAUUUGUCAUAUUUAUUUCCUUGCAAAAACGUUUGCCUUUAUUCUAUUGUUGACGAUUAUUGAGAAAGAAUCGUACCAUUCACGAAGUGUCUUUUGAAGUUAGUGAUAAUCAGGAUACUUUUAUAAAUGUUGAACUGUUGGAUAACUCUUCCGGUCGCUAAAAUCUGUCACAAAUUACUACCAUGGCCUGUUGUAUUCUCCCUUCAAACGUUAAGACACCGGUUUAGUAUUUUGAUUAAAUGCUCAAUUAUUUGUGUAUGAUAAACGACUGAAAGAUAAACAAUGCUCAUCUACAGAUAUUGCAGAUUUUUUUUUUGAAAUCUUGGUAAAUAAUUUGAAUUAUAGAAUGCAUAGUCUGGGUUUAGGAAGCUGCAUUCUCUAUUACUGAACAAUUUAAAAUACCUGUCAUUUCAUUACAGCGUUGCCAUAAAAGUGUUUAAACCCCGUCAGGGGCAUGGCGCUGUUUCCUAAUAUGCAUUGUUUAGUUUCAGAGUGUUUCACUGAAGCUUAACACAACCGUACUAAACCAAAUACGUAUAACUUAAUUUUGUUAAUGAUACUAUGUAAUCAUACAAUAAUCUAAAGAGAAUCUUAUCUGCGGGUACUCAACGGAUGAUUAUUUUAAAUUUAAAAAGAGACUGCAUUUAUCAGUAUUUCAAAAUAUCACAUUUGAGCAUUAUGUAUCUCUACUUAGUUAAUCUGUAACGUAUUAUUUAUUGAGUUACAUCUGUAACGUUUUAACAUUACAUAUGAUGUAUCAGAGUAUACAUUUUAUUUCAAUGUUUCAGUAACUAUUUUGUUUUAUAGACAUAUUGCAUAUAUAGAGUAGGUAAGAUAUUAUAUAUUUUACCAAUUUUUCUGCUACAUAAUGUUUAAUGUUUUAAAGAUAAAACUCUCUUGUAAAAACACAGUAAAAAUGGAACCUUAUAUGUAAAAAUGAAAAUCUAUUAAAUAGUAUCUACCCUAUCAAUGAGUGUUUGUUUAACUCUAGUAUGUAAUAUGCACACAUUUCUGUUUAAAUAGAUGAUAACUAAAUGUAUGUUUUUUAUCAUUUUGGAAAGUAUGACACAGUUCUAGUCUAGUGUAAAGUAGAAUAAGACAUCUACAUGUAGUCAUUAUAUGUAUUGUCUUAAUAAUCAUUUUAUUUACAAAUAAUAUGAUUUCAGAUCAAAAUAGCAUGAAACUAAAUACAUCAUUUACAGUUGUAACAUCACAUUUUG